AUGGUGAUGCCCUCCAUAUGCGAAAGAAUCAACGUGGACAUCAACGAUCCCACCUUUUGGCCAAACGAUGACGACUACGACCUUACUUCUGACGGAGGUCGUGCCCAAAACGAAUGGGACAAGUUCAAGAAGGUUGACUCGUUGCUGCAAACCGUGAAUGCAUACAUGGAUAUCUAUCGGAAACUACUGAAAUCAGAAGGCAACAGGCUUCGAAUCAUCGGAAGUUUUCCUGAUCCAGCCACGAAACCUCCACCACCAAGACAUGAGAUUCCCAAAGAAUCCAAAAGCAAUUGGGCUCAUCUAUCCACCGACGACAGGAUGAAAGUUGUUUUGGAAGCGGGGAACGAAACCUCAAAAGAACUACAGAAGCUUGGAGAUGAACUGUCAACCGAUUUGCAGGGGAUCAAAUUCAAGAACGGUCCCUUGAAAGAAAAAGAUAGGGCAACGGAAAAGGUAAAAGAUGACUACGACGGAGACGUUCUCCGGGUAAUCGACCUGGCCCGAUGCAGUAUAUUCCUCGAGUCGAAUUCCUUUGAACAAGCGAAUGCAGUCGUAGACAGGUUGAAAUCCGACAUUGGCUUGGCGAAGGAAUGGGAAAUCGUCCGCAUCAAAGAUGGAUUUGAAAAGGCUGAGAACUAUAUCUUGGGUGGAUACAGAGACAUUAAAUUGAACAUCCGCUACAAGACCAACGGGCACAUUGCCGAGCUGCAGUUGCAUUUGAAAGAGUACUACGACAUCAAAGAAAAUGGCGGACACGAUGACUACAAGUUUGCGCGUCAGCAGCACAUCAGCGGUAUCACAAGGGCAACACAACUUCUUGACGGCAAUCUACUUUGGCCCGUAAUCAAGCUAGCCUGGAAAGAACUCGGUACUGAGCAGGUCGCUGAAAAACGAGCUCGUAUUGCCCGCCACUUGGGGGACUUGACAAUGAUGAAGGGGUUUGUUUGCGCGGACUUCUUCGGUAAGCAUUCGCACUUGAAGGGGCAUAUUCGAAAACAGGUCCUUGAGUUUUAUUACGCAUCACUGCAAGAGAUUCCUGCCCCUGACUGUAACGAAAGUCCCGGGUUGACUGCCCUUCGUAUUGAGUUACUCGUCUGGUUCGUUCAUGGACAGCACAUCCAGGGAGAUCCCAUUAUCGAUCAGGUGAAAGCGGAUUACCCAUAUCCAUUUCAUAAUAUCGAAGCAUAUGCAAGUGAACAACUGGGUCCGUUGCACCCAGUGACGCUCCAUGUAAUGUCGACUAUGAAUUCCAUCAAAAACUCAUAUUCUUUGCAAAAAGACAUCGUCAAUGAUUUGAAGACUAUCCUCGGUAAGAAACACAACGAUACAGUGCAAGCUAUGGUGAAACUUGGCCAGAUUGCAUACAUAGGAACUUCCGACGAAGAAAAGACUGAGUCUGUCGAAAUCAUGUUGGACUGCCUUCCAGCACUUAUUGAGACUUAUGGACUGCAACACGAUUUGAUAAAGAUGUUAGCAUACCAAUUUGGGGUGUUGAUUGUCGCAUCCCCAUGGCUGGAGGUCGUUCAGUCUGACACAAUCAAGGAUGCUUUAAGAGAGUUGAUCCCAGAUGAUCCGUCCAAGCUCAAUCACAGACUCAAAUUUGUUCACCUUUACAUAUACGGAUCGUGGCAUCAACAUAUGAAUUUGUGUGUAGAUGUGGCACGGACUUUGGUGCGUCCGCAAAUCCAAGAAGAGGUUGAUUUCGGAAUCGCAGCAGCAAGAGGUAUCGUGUAUUACAUGAAACAUAAUGUUUGGAAGCCCAAUGGAGGAGCAGUGUCCCGUGUAGUAACGCAUAUCAAACCAGGAACAUUCGAUGAAAUCGACGAAAUUGUUCAAAUGUUUAGAGAGGAAGGCAUGAUUGGGUAG